ACCUCUCCAGGAUACGCCCCAGAGAGAGCGAGCCAGCGAACACCGAGGCGCCGGGAAAAUGGCAGACAGUUUUUCACUUAAUGAUGCCGUAUCUGGGUCUGGAAACCCAAACCCUCAAGGAUACCCUCAAUGGGGAAACCAGCCUGGGGCUGGGGGCUACCCAGGGGCUGCUUAUCCUGGAGCCUACCCUGGACAGGCACCUCCUGGGGCCUACCCUGGACAGGCACCUCCCGGGGCUUACCCUGGACAAGCACCUCCUGGUGCUUACCCUGGACAGGCACCUCCUGGGGCCUACCCUGGACAGGCACCUCCUGGUACCAACCCUGGACAGGCACCUCCUGGGGCCUACCCUGGACAGGGACCCCCUGGUGCCUACCCUGGUCCAACAGCACCCGCUUAUCCUGGACCAAAUGCACCAGGAGCCUACCCUGGACAACCAAGUGGACCUGGGGCCUACCCAUCUCCUGGACAACCAAGUGCUCCUGGAGCCUAUCCUGCUGCCGGCCCCUUUGGUUCCCCUUCUGGACCACUGACUGUGCCUUAUGACCUGACUUUGCCUAGUGGAGUUGUGCCCCGCAUGCUGAUAACAAUUAUGGGCACAGUAAGGCCCAACGCAAACAGACUUGUUUUGGAUUUCAAGAAAGGGAAUGAUGUUGCCUUCCACUUUAACCCACGCUUCAAUGAGGACAACAAGAGGGUCAUCGUUUGCAAUUCAAAGCAGGAUAAUGUCUGGGGAAAGGAAGAAAGACAGUCUGCUUUCCCAUUUGAAAGUGGUAAACCCUUCAAAAUACAAGUACUGGUUGAACCUGAAAACUACAAGGUUGCUGUCAAUGACGCUCACUUAUUGCAGUACAAUCAUAGGAUGAGAAACCUCCAGGAAAUUAGCAAAGUGGGAAUUUCUGGUGACAUAGACCUCACCAGUGUUACCCACACUAUGAUAUAAUUUUAGAAGGUGUGGAUACUUUGAAAAAAAAAAUGAAGGUGAAUGUAACCUUCCAUGUUUGAAUUUUAUGUUCUGAGUGAACAUCCUUCUUGUAAAUCAUCCAUUUAAUAAACUUAUUCUAAAA